UCCCCAGUGCCACCCCUCCGCCCCCCCGUGUCCCCGUCCCCGCAGGAAGCGGUGGCGCGCAGGAAGCGGCAGCGCCCGGGCUGAGCGCGGCACGGGCAGGGCCCGGCCCGGUGACACCGCGGGGACACGGCCCCGACCCCCGGGAGCCCUGGACACUGCGGACACGCCGGACACUCAGGACACUCAGGACACACCGGACACUCAGGACACUCCAGACACCGUGGACACACCGGACACUCUGGGCACUCCGGACACUCCGGACACUCCGGACAGUCAGGGAUAUUCAGGACAAUCGGGACAUUGUGGACACACCGGACACUCAGGACACUCGGGACACUCGGGACACUCGGGACACUGAGGACACUUGGGACACUCGGACACUCGGACACUCGGGACACUCGGACACUCGGGACACUUGGGACACUCGGGACACUCAGGACACUGAGGACACUCCGGACAUUCGGGACACUCAGGACACUGUGGACACUCGGGACACUCGGACACUCAGGGAUAUUCAGGACACUCGGACACUCGGGACACUCGGGCACUCGGACACGGCCAUGGAGGAGUUGGUGGUGAAGCAGGGCGCGCUGUACCUGCAGCUGCAGCAAACGUUCGGCAAGAAGUGGAAGCGGUUCUGGGCCGUGCUGUACCGGGGCAGCCCGCGCUGCGCGGCGCGCCUGGAGCUGCAGGAGGGCGCGGAGUGGGCGCGCAGGGCCGAGGCCGGCCGGCGCCUGGUGCGGCUCUGUGACUGCGUGCACGUGGCCGAGGCGGGCGCCGACGCCGCCGGGCCCGGGGACACCGUCCCCUUCCUGCUGGAGACCACCGAGCGCCGCUUCCUGCUGGCCGCCCACGCCGCCGAGGCCGCCGAGUGGAUCCGGCGGCUCUGCGAGCUGGCGUUCCCGAGGAGCCGGGAGGAGCCGGGAGCGGCGCCGGAGGGCGCGGAGGGCGAGUUCUCCAUGGAGGAGAAUUCCCUGUACAGCUGGCGGGGCAGAGCCGGGCCGGAGCAGGCGUUCGAGGUGACGGUGAGGGUGACACCCCCAUCGCAGCGCUGCCGCCUGCGUGGCCGCUGCGUGCUGCGGGCGGGCGAGGCGGCGCUGGAGCUGUGGCACGCGCAGGGCCGGGAGCUGCUGGCCAGCUGGCCCUACCGCUUCCUGCGCCGCUUCGGCCGCGACAAGGCCACCUUCUCCUUCGAGGCCGGCCGGCGCUGCGCGUCCGGAGAGGGCAACUUCGAGUUCGACACGCGGCAGGGCAACGAGAUCUUCCAGGCCAUCGAGGCGGCCAUCGAGGUCCAGCGGGGCCGCCCACGCCAGGCGGGCACAACGGACCACGAGGAGCCCGUGUGCCCGUCCGGCGAGGUGAAGGCACCCAAAGGCGACGGGAAAGGCGCCAAGGGCAGGCUGGGGAUGCCCACAGGGGCUGGCGAGGCCUCAGCGCCGUUCCAGCCAUCACAGGGCACCGAUUGUCCCUACGCCGAGCCCCUCGACGACGCCGCCGAGCGCCGCGGGCCGGACAGCGCCGGGCUGGAGGCCGAGUACGCCGUUCCCUUCGACACCGUGGCCAAAUCCUUCCUGGCGCGGCAGUUCGGGGCCCAGGAGGGGCUCCCCGCGCCCCCCAGCACCCCCAGGGAUGGCGGGCGGGCUCCGCAGCCCCCCGGCCGCCCCCCGGCCCCCAAAGCCGAGCACAUCUACGACGAGCCCGAGGCGCUGUCGGGGCUGUCGCUGUACGACGAGCCGCGGGAGGUGGCGGGCGAGGCCUGGCGGCGGCAGGCGGCCCCCGAGGAGCCCCCCGGGCCCGGCUGUCCCUACGACCCCCAGCGCGACGACUACGCGGUGCCCGCGCCGCCCUGCCCGCUGCGGGACCGGGAGUGGCUCGGCCGCUGCGACUACGACAACGUGGCCCUCAGGGCGGCCGCCAAGAGGAACCUGCAGUGAGGAGGGGACGCCACAAAUGUCCCCAUGGGGCUUUAGAGGACCCCCAGAGAUGAGACACCCCCAGCUCAGCGCGGCCUGGGCUGGCAAGGGGGCACCGGCAUGGCUGGGGGUGCCAGGGGACACCUGGGGUG